UCUUCUUCUUCUUCUUCUACUUCGACAGCUUGCAUUUCGAACACUCUCCACCACCACUUAACUGUACAGUAGCUUCUCUUAGCCAUAAGGGUUGAGCUUCAACGAUGGCUCUCAUCCAAUUAUGCUCCACCUCCUCGUCUGCAAUUCGAUCGUGUCCGACUUCCUUCCCCAGCUGUUCCUCCGGCCUUCCCACCGUCAACAAGGACCCCUCCAUUUCUUUCUCUGGCUUCGUGAAUCCCGGCGCCGGAGUUGGGUCUUCCACAAUGUCCACCAGGAGGAGGAAGGGUUCGGUUCUGACGGUGAGGUCAAGCAUGGAGACGGUCGCCACCGUCGGACAGGUCACGGAGGUUACUAAUGACACCUUCUGGCCUAUUGUUAACUCCGCCGGAGAUAAGACCGUCGUUCUCGACAUGUAUACCCAGUGGUGUGGCCCUUGCAAGGUGAUGGCUCCCAAAUACGAGGAGUUGUCGAAGAAGUACCUCGAUGUGGUGUUUCUGAAGCUGGACUGCAACAAAGAUAACAGGCCAUUGGCCAAGGAGCUCGGGCUUAAGGUGGUACCAACUUUCAAGAUUCUCAAGGACAAGAAGAUUGUAAAAGAAGUGACGGGUGCCAAAUACGACAACCUUGUUCAGGCAAUCGAUACUGUUCGAUCCGGUUAAAGCUACUGCACAAGAAAGUUAACAUGCAUCGGCGGCAAGUAUUCGAUUGGCUGGCUUUGCAAUGAUUUCUAACCUUCUUGCUUGUACCUGUGUUUCUAGCUCAUUUAUGUUUCGGCUGCAAUGGAGUUCGAUCUGUAAUUCUAUGCAAAGAAGCUGGGUGGGUGAUAGAAGGGAUGAUCUGCAAUCUGCAUUGCGUGUAUUGGUACUGAGAGGGAAACAAUGUAAAUGCGUACAUUACUGUGAUCCAAUUGAAUGAAGAAGAAUGGGAUAUGAUAAGGC